AAUUAACUAUGUGCAAUUUUAUCCAGGGUAUUUUCAGUAUCGUUUACAGAUGAGAUGAUGGUAUUGGUAGGCACACCCGUAAAUAAGAGUAGAUAUCAAUGACAUCAGAAUCAGAUCCAUGGUGAGUUGCCUAAAAUUAAAUUUAAAUAUUUCCUAUGAAAAGUAGAUCUCAAAAACAAAUUUCGAAACUAACAUGAAAGUUGUAGUGUGUGAGUGAGGCCCGAAUUACGGCUUACUUUAAUUGAACCAGUAGUAAAUUACGAGCAUGUAUCAAACAUUUUUAGUUGCCAUGUUAUUUGAAAAGCGAAGGCCACAUUCUGAUUAACAAAGAAAAUAAUAUAGCCAAGGAGGUAAGUUUAUUUUCGCCCUUAGACGUGUUUUGCUGGUAUUGACCCUGGGCCACGAACUUCACAAAUAUUUGUGGUGCGCUGAACCUGAGGGAUCAAUACAGAUAUCACGAGAUCGCCAUAGCUACCGACUCGCAAACAUUGGCUUAGCACUCCAAUCUUACAUCAGUUCGAGAGUCUCUGUGAACAAAAGGUAACGAGUGUUUACUUUUCUCAUAACAACGUCUACAAGUAUUAUGAUCUGUGUAAACUAUUUAUAGAUGAGUUUGCGUAGCUCGAGGAUGUAUGGCGCGGCGGUGCCCACGAUGCCGCCUGGCCUCGUGGAGUUGAUGGAAGGCCUCGCAAAAGAUGUACUUAAAAAUUCUCCAGACAACAUCUACGAGUUCUGUGCUCAGCACAUGAAGAAGCUAAUCGAAAUACGCGAUGGUAAAGAGCGCAAGAAUGAUUCGCCGUCGAUUGAAAAAGUUACAAAGGUUCAAGAAAACGACCAAGGAAAAACGGAAAUAAACCAAAAGUUAGAUGAUACUGAUAUCGAGGCGGUAAAAGUGAAUGAACCGGAAGAAGCAGAAGCGAGUAAAAAUGAAACGGACGAAAAACAAAUAGAUGAAGAAUUUCUCAAUGAUAGUCACGAAUCGGAGAAAGAAAAUGAAUCAGAACAAAAACACAUAGACGAAAGUACAAUUGGUUCUAAUACUGUUGAGAGUGCAAACAAUGAAAAUAACAGUAAAGAUUUUGAAAUAAAAAGCUUAGGAACAAAAGAACAAAUUUUGCUCGAACUUCCAGAAUCUCAAAAUAAAAAUUCAUUAGAUACAAAUUCAUCUAAUGAAAACUUAGUUUUAUUAGUUGGCGAUAAUGAGAUUGCAAACAUAAAUGAACCAGUAUGUAAUACAAAUACUGAAAAUGAUGAUUAUUCCACAAAUGAGGCCAAUUUACUUGAAACUGACUUUGUAAGCAAAGACAAGAACGAGUUGCAAUCAACUAAGGCUUUAGACUUACAGUCUGAUGACCAAUCUGUUGUCGAAAUUGAGAAUACAGAGUAUAAUUUGAAUCUGAACAAUGAUUUAGAUAACUUGAAUAGCCCACAAAAAGAUUCUAGUGGAAAUGAAAAAGUGUUAAAUGAAUCAAAUGGUAUACACACUGAAAGCUGUAUCAAUGAGUUAUCUUUUCCAAAUGAGGACUAUUCACAUGUUAAUAUUGAUCGAGCUAUAGAUAGCCCGAAUCUUGAAGAGAAAUUACAUUUACAAAAGUCGAAUGAAAACGAAGACUAUUCUAGAGACAGAUCUAUCGAUGUGGAUAAUGACGCUGCAAGUUCUAUGGACUUAGAAAAGGCAGCAAUUACAAUCCAAAAAGUGUUCCGAGCGUUUCUUUUUAAAAGUAAAACUUUAAGCACAGAAGAAGUCACAAAUAUCGAUUUAAAUUAUCUGGUCGAUAAUGACGAAAAGGAGGCAGUAAAAGAUCCGUCAGUUAUGAAUAAGGAGCGAAGAUCGGGUAUUAGCAGGAUGGAUACCGUGUUGCAAACGGUUAAUGAAGAGAAAUCUCUAUCCUUGUCCACGGAUGACUCGUCCACACUUUCAAGUGCAGCUACCAUAAUACAGGCCCAUGUGAGAGGAUUUUUGGUUCGCUGUAAAAUGCCAUUUAAUAAAACUGUAUCGACCGUAUCGGUUCUCGAUUCGGAUGUUCCAUCUGCUGCUUCCUUGGAUAGUGACCACAACCAGCAGGUUAAUAAAACCAUAUUAAACAUUCACAUCGUACCCGAGGGGAAUAAUUUCAUCAGUAGAGACGAAAGUUUAAUUACAUCUUUAGAUGUGUCGCUAGACGGUAGUCCUCGUCAGUCUUCCAGUUUACAUCCCCUGGGGUACGACAUAAGUGAAAGGAGAAAACAGCUCAAAAGAGAGGACGCUAUACAGUCUGUGACGCCACCGAGCAAUAACAGUGGCAAGUUGAGCGAAGAAGUCGACUCUGUCAAAGAAAUCGUACUCAACGACAGUACAGAUGAACCCAACUUAGAAGCAUCAGAGAAAAAUGACGAAUUAAAGAAGGAUGACCACCUACCUGAAUUUGAAAACCAUUCGUCUGAGACUCGUCUGGAGAUCUCCAAGAGCAAGUUUAUAGAAACGAGGAACAUAACGUCCGAUGAAGCAGACGUCGUGACGCCGUUCGUGACCGACAGUGGAACUGUAAAUAGUAGUGCAAACGAUCCAUCAAAAUUAUUGCACUCGGGAGAAUUCCACGACAUAGUUCUUCCCACGGUGGUAUCGCGGAGUAACUCCUCAGUCGUCCGUGGUGAGUGAAGACAUCUUGUCAGAAUUCCAAAACGUCCUUGUUUACUUUUUACUCUGGAAUCCAUCGUAACAUCAAAAGGGUCAGUUCAAUAGUUACAUAAU